CUCGAUUUGAUGAGGCGAUGACUGAGACCGAAACUGUUAUGUGCUCCUAUACGGACACCAGCACGACCACAAGUAAACUGACCAGAUGAAGGAAGAAGUAGACAUUGUUACGCUCUUUUUGUACUGACUUGUGUUUUAAAAGAAUGGGAGACAUGAAAGUCUUUGAGGCAGCCAGUAGCAACAACAUUGAGUUUUUACAAGAUGCCCUGGCAGGAGCAUAUGGAGAACAACUGCCUGAGGACUUAGAGUUAGCAUUAAUUAGAGCUGCUACAAAUGGACACAUAGAUUGUGUUAGACUGUUACUGAAACAUGGAGUUAAUGUGGCUGGAAAAAAUGGGGCUGAUGAUACAGCUUUAAUCACUGCCUCCCAAAAUGGUCAUUUGGAAAUUGUAAGAUUGUUAAUUGAGAAAGGAUGUCCGGUUGAUCAUCAAAACUCGAACGGGUAUACUGCUUUAAUGAAAGCUUGUGAGAAUGGGAAGUUUGAAGUACUUGAACUACUUCUAAAACAUGGCGCUACUGAUAUAUCUGAAGACAUCGAAGCUGAACAUGCAGGAGUUCCCAAUGGUGUUCCGAAGCUACCAAAGUACAUGCCUCACGGAUACUCAUCGCUGAUGGUUACUGUUUUGAAGCAACCUGAAAAUUACAAAGAUGUGUUGAGAAUAUUGUUAGCUUCAAAUUUUGAUGUAAAUGCUGUUGAUCUACAAGAUAUGACUGUUCUUCACCAUGCUGCUAAUAAAUGUCCCGAAGAUGUGAUUUGCAUGCUCCUUGAAGCCAAAGUGAAUGUAGAUGCCAAAGAUGUUUGGGGUGUCACAGCUUUAAUGUCAGCAGUGGCCUAUGGCAAAGUGGGUAAUGUCAAAGAAUUGCUUAAAUGUGGAGCAGAUGUCUCGCUCUCUUGCAAAGCCAAAAGAACAGCCUUGUCAAUUGCAGCUCGGACUGGUUCUGAAGAAAUGAUAAAAACCCUUCUAGCAGCAGGUGCAGACCCAAACAGCAGAGAUGCUCAUGACCAUCCACCUCUUUUCAUUGCUAUUUUACACAACAACUAUGCAGGCAUAAAAUGCAUGAUUCAGGCUGGCUGUGAUUUUGACAUAGUGUGCAGAGACUUGACCUCCUUCCAGCUAAUGUCAUGCUUUCAGGGUGUCGUACACAGAAAAAAUGUGACCAUGUUGCGAAUGUUAUACCAUGCAGGUGCAUGUAACAAUCACAUGUUGUACGAGGCAGCUACAAAUGAACAACUAAAACAACAAAGUGCUGAGUUUCCUGUAUUUAUCGAAGAAUUAAAUAAUCUAGUCAGCUCACCUCGCUCCUUGAAAGAGGCUACAAGGAUGGUUAUAAGAAAGAGGAUACAGCAAUGUCAAAAACUACGGCAAAGGUUCUCUGAGUUAGUGGACAAUCUAGCUCUUCCAAACAGUCUCAGGGAUUAUUUGUUAUAUUCUGAUAUUACAACAGGGUUGGAGCAAUGAUUAAGAUUUGUCUGUGAUAAAAUAACUUGAACUACAGCAGAUUUUUAAAAUUGAUUUGGCAGACAUUUUUUUACUUGCAUGCAUUUUUGUAUGUGUUCAUAUAACAUCAAGCUGACUAAAAAAUGAAGAUCUUCUCUUGCCAUAGCAUUGCCAGUAUUGCUGUUGUCCAUGCUGUCAUACUUAAACUUAUAUGUUGGCCAUAAUUAAAAGUAUUAACUUAAGAUUUGGUACAAAUGCUUACUGUGACUAUAUAUAGACCUGUCUAGCACGUCCUAUGCCUUCGAUCAUCGAAGAUAGACAAGAAAGGUUUGGUCUGCUUGUGGUGCUCUUUUUUUUUUUGAUCAUAUUUGAAUUUUAUUUUAUGCUUUUCAGUGAUUAAUAGAGAUUUAUCAGUGAAAUCAAAAAAUAUUUUUCACUGCAAUUUUGGCCUGCUCUCUCUUCUUAAUCAAAUGUCAGUGCUUGACAAGGCUUGGACACAGUUUCAACAUCGUCAUUUCAUAAAUUAGGUGUCAUUCGCAUGCAAAGUGGCAUGCUUUUCUGAAAAACUAAAAGUUAAUGUCAAUUCUUUUAUCUUUUUUAGGCAUAUAAUCAUUAUUAAGAAAAAUGGUUGAUUUCAGUGUAAGAUUGAAAUAUAUUUCAACUCAUGAAAUCCAAAAGUAAAUAUUUUGCUUGUGGCUACAUCACUCGUGAAAACCCCGGGUAUAGAUUUUGGUGCUUGCUCAGUGAAAUAUAUCGUGCUUUUACAGUAAAACAAACUGGUAGAUACAUACCAAUGACAAUAAGUGGAUUGAGGAAGUUUUCUUUUACAUGUGCUGUACAAAACCAUAUAAAGUUAAGAAAGUGUGCAUUAAAGUAUGGUGGUAUGCUGUUUAUAAUGAUUUUUAAGAAAUUUGUUUUUGUUUUUUUCUUUGUGAUAAUGUAAUAAACAGCUUGUAACAUUUUUAGAUCUUUUAAAUUUAAUUGAUUUUUAAUAUAGUUUAGUAAUAUUUGUAUUUUUAUUUUAAUAUUUGAUUUAGGAUCUUUUUGCUAUUCACCAAAUAAUAUAUGAUAUAUUCAAUUCAUAAUCAAUUCAUUUUAUUGUACACUGUACACCAGUAUUUCACAUACAAAAUACCAGACUAUGCAUUUAAUAUGUUGUUGAAUAUACAUUUUAUCCUACCUUGACCUAAAUUAAAAACACCCAAUGUACUCUUAUUGAUUUGAAGCAAUGGGCUUUUUUUAGUAUGCCUAUUUUGUUGAAACAUUUUGAUUUUAUGAUAUAAAAAUUAAGACAGAUGAGACAAA